AUGCCAGAAAUUGAGAAAGUGGACCACUUCGGUGCCCACACCAAAACAGAUCCCAAAGAGAUCGCUCUUGUGCGGAAGCUUGAUAUCUACAUGCUGCCAAUCCUCUGGCUGAUGUAUUUUUUCAAUUUCCUUGACCGCAACGCUAUGGUGAAUGGCAAAUUGAGCUCCUUGACGAAAGAUCUCAACCUCAAAGGCACUGAAUACAAUACUUGUGUCUCCAUUCUUUUCGUCGGCUACCUCUGCGGCCAGGUUCCUUCGAACAUGAUUCUGAAUCGCGUCCGACCAUCCCUAUACAUGGCCGGUUUUUGUAUGGCUUGGUCCAUCGUUUCUCUUCUGACUUACAAAGCGCAUGAUUACAAGACAAUGGUAAUCUGCAGGUUCCUCCUCGGGAUAACCGAAGCCCCUUUCUACCCUGGAGCGCUGUACAUGAUUUCCAUGUUUUACACUCGAAAGGAGGUUGCCACGCGCAUGUCCAUCUUCUACACCGGAAACAUGUUGGCGAGUGCUUUCUCUGGUUUGAUUGCCGCUGGAGUCUUCGCCGGAUUGGACGGCAACCGAGGUUUAGCGGGAUGGCAAUGGCUCUUCAUCAUUCAAGGCGCUCUUUCUAUCUUUGUUGCUGGUGUUGCCUUCUUCACGCUUCCAGAUAGCCCUCUUCAGACGCGAUGGCUGACUCCUGAAGAGCGUCAGCUCGCCCACAAUCGUAUCUUCUCCGAUACUACAGACCGACGAGAAGGCACUAGCGUCAUCAAGGGGCUUCGCGAAGCUGCUGCUGACUGGCGAACAUGGGUUUUCUGCCUUAUGGACAACCUCCACCUAUCGGCCAAUGGUUUCAAAAAUUUCCUACCGUCUGUCAUGAAGACUUUGGGAUACAACACUACGAUCACACUAGCCUUGUAA